CUUGUUUGUCCACCUUAUGUGUAAGUUCUGUUGUGUGUCUGUGCUCUGUACACUGUGUGUCUCUCCUUGUUUGUAUCUGUGUCUACACUCUGUAAUCGCUGCCUCUUUAUUGUAUGUACGUGUCGUGCAUAUGGUGUGGUGUGAACUUAUAUCUGUGCUGUGUCUCUGCUGAUCGUGCUGCCAGCGCAGGGUGUUGUGCGUUUAUGUUGUGUGAAUCCGGUUUGGGUUGCCCUGGAUCCUGUCUGCGCUGUGAGCCUGCACCUCCCUGCUGUGUCUGUGCCAGCUGUAGUAAGAGUGGAAACCAAUGGAGAAUCGAGCUCUGGACCCAGGGACUCGGGACUCCUAUGGUGCCACCAGCCACGUCCCCAACAAGGGGGCCCUGGCAAAAGCCAAGAACAACUUCAAAGAUCUGAUGUCCAAGCUGACGGAGGGCCAGUAUGUGCUGUGCCGGUGGACCGAUGGACUGUAUUACCUUGGGAAGAUCAAGAGGGUCAGCAGUUCAAAGCAGAGCUGCCUUGUGACUUUUGAAGAUAAUUCCAAGUACUGGGUCCUGUGGAAGGACAUACAGCAUGCUGGAGUUCCCGGGGAGGAGCCCAAGUGUAACAUCUGCCUGGGGAAGACAUCAGGGCCGUUGAAUGAGAUCCUCAUCUGUGGCAAGUGUGGCCUGGGUUACCACCAGCAGUGCCACAUCCCCAUAGCAGGCAGUGCCGACCGGACUCUGCUCACACCUUGGUUCUGCCGACGGUGCAUCUUCGCGCUGGCUGUGCGGAAAGGCGGCGCGGUGAAGAAGGGCGCCAUCGCCAGGACGCUGCAGGCGGUGAAGAUGGUGCUAUCCUACCAGCCCGAGGAACUCGAGUGGGACUCGCCCCAUCGCACCAACCAGCAGCAGUGCUACUGCUAUUGCGGCGGCCCGGGAGAGUGGUAUCUGCGGAUGCUGCAGUGUUUCCGGUGCAGGCAGUGGUUCCACGAGGCCUGCACCCAGUGCCUCAACGAGCCCAUGAUGUUUGGGGACCGGUUCUACCUGUUCUUCUGCUCCGUGUGUAACCAGGGCCCAGAAUACAUCGAGAGGCUGCCCUUGCGAUGGGUGGAUGUGGUUCACCUGGCCCUCUACAACCUGGGGGUGCAGAGCAAGAAGAAGUACUUUGACUUUGAGGAGAUCCUGGCCUUUGUCAACCACCACUGGGAGCUCCUGCAGCUCGGCAAGCUCACCAGCACCCCCGUGACCGACCGAGGACCGCAUCUCCUCAACGCGCUGAACAGUUACAAAAGCCGGUUCCUCUGCGGCAAGGAGAUUAAGAAGAAGAAGUGCAUCUUUCGCCUGCGAAUCCGAGUCCCGCCCAACCCACCAGGGAAGCUGCUGCCUGACAAGGGCCUGGUGCCCCCCGAGAGUGGCACCUCCUCUGAGCUGCGUAAGAGAGGAAAGAGCAAGCCUGGUUUGUUGCCUCACGAAUUCCAGCAGCAGCAGAAAAGGCGAGUGUAUAGAAGAAAAAGAUCAAAGUUUUUGCUGGAAGAUGCUAUUCCCAGUAGCGACUUUACCUCAGCCUGGAGCACCAACCACCACCUGGCCAGCAUAUUCGACUUCACAUUGGAUGAGAUUCAGAGUUUAAAAAGUGCCAGCUCAGGCCAGACUUUCUUCUCAGACGUGGACUCCACGGACGCCGCCAGCACCUCGGGCUCCGCCUCCACCAGCCUGUCCUAUGACUCCAGACGGACAGUGGGCAGCCGCAAGAGGAAGCUGGCGGCCACGGCGUACAUGCCACUGCGGGCAAAGCGGCGGGCAGCCGAGCUGGGGGGGCACUGCCCCUCGGACAGCGGCGCGGAGGGGGCUUCGGGCCCCGAGCGGCCAGACGAGGGCGUCGACAGCCACACGUUUGAGAGCAUCAGUGAGGACGACUCGUCCUUGUCCCACCUCAAGUCGUCCAUCACGAACUACUUCGGCGCGGCUGGGCGGUUAGCCUGUGGGGAGAAGUACCAGGUGCUGGCACGGCGGGUCACGCCCGAGGGCAAGGUCCAGUACCUGGUGGAGUGGGAAGGGACCACCCCUUACUGACCAGCCCUCGGGGGGUGCCAGGAGCCCUGGGAAGCAAAGAGGGGACAGUGGGAGCCACCGGCUGCCCAGUUCUCUUCAGGGUGGGGUGGGGGAGGGAAGCAAGACGGAGCUGCAGGUGCCUGGCACAGGCCCCCUCCCCCCGCCCACCUUCCAGGCCGAGGUCUGCGCCUCGCUGCCGCGCCCAUUCUGCCCUCCGGCUGCUUCAGGCUCCUCGCCCCUUCACCUGUGUCUCUAAGGUCCCCGUGUUGCCACACGCUCCCCACUCCCUCCGGCUGCUCACCUGUUCCUCUGAACGUGUGUCCCCUCGGCCCUGGCAUCCUUUUUCCUGAAGCCCGAGUCUGUCUUUGUCCCCAACUUUGUGUCACUUACCUCUUGACCUUUUGAGGGGGGGUUUAGACACCCUCCACGUGCACACUGUCCCUCCCACCUGACUCAUGGGGCAGCCGGUGCCCCAGGGACCACCUUGUGAGAACAGGAAACUCUGAGGAAGAAUGGGUGAAGGUGGGUCAGGAGAGCUCUCGGGGCUUUUCCCUCCACUUUCCUGCCCUCCCCCAAACCCCCAGCCCUGGAAAAGGGGGUGAGGGCAGCAGGCCUCCAUGAAAGCCUGGGUGGCGCAGCCCCUGCAACUCUCAGGAUCUGAGGCGUCAAGAGGCUGGGUCUGCACCUCAAGGUACCAGCACCGGAGCCCACCUGUCAAGGCUCAGAGUGAGGGCUGCAGUGUCCACUUCUGAGGUCCCCGUUUCCCUUUGCUUGGCCACACCCCUCUUAGUGACCCUGGAGCUGGGCGUGGCCUUGAAAACCCGGGGCACAGGGAGAGAACGUGGGAAGAAAGGAAGGCAUUUUGUGCCAAACCUCAGACUUGUUUCCCACGCCUGCUGCCCCAGACCACUGCACGUGUAGCCAAAGGCAGGUUCCCUCACACAUAAUAAGCUUCUGCCCUCACCUACUCUCACCCUCCAGGCACAAACAUUGGGUCCCUGGCCUCCAGGUGUGUACACACACACACACCCUCCAGUGACAGCCUGGCUCCUGCCCUCAUCUCCCUUGCCACCCCCCACCCUGACCUCCUUCCAGGGACCACGUGCUGCAACGAAAUGUGAAAGUCCAGCCCCUGCCCCUUCCUUCAGCCCCCCGAGCCAGCUCUGAACCAGCCCUGACCCCGCCGGAAAGCACAGGGAGUACCCCCGGCUCCUCUGCCUUGUUCCCUGCUCCGCCCUGAAAUGACAAUCAGUUUUUGGGACAGGUUGGGAGUUUUAAGGGCCUGCGUCACUUAGUCCCCUCCAAGGGAAGCCCUUGUCAGUGGGGUAUAAAUAGAAUCCUUAGAGCCCACAUUAAAACUCACAUCCAUCUGGAGGGAAACCAGAAAUGGGAGGUGGGAGUCCCUCAUUUUUGCUGCUUCCAGAGAUGUUAGAAACUGACUCUCGACUGAAACAUGGAAAGAAGUGCCUUGAGGGGGCGUGGCGUGGGGCGUGCACCAGAGGGGGACCAGCCCUGCCAAGUGCUGCUGGGGCCUCCGGCUUGGCUGGGACCCGCAGGCUGCCAGCUGCAAGGCGAAGGCGGAUGAACAGUGAGGGGCUGGCAUGGGGACAGCGGGCCUGAGGAACUGGUGACCGUUGUUGGCUGGCCCCCCGCCACCUGGGAGCCUUCAGGGGCUCGCCACGAUAGUUCAGAUGACCCUCGCCCUCAGCCCCUACAGUGCCUUUCCAAUGGGACCCCGCUGCCUGUGCCCAGCCCUCCCCCUUCCCUUCCCUUCUCAGCCCCACAGCUGCUGCCACCAAAUCCCCCAAGGGGGGCGGGGUGGAAGGGGAGCUGAGAAGGCGGCCCCCAGCCCAGCAGGGGUGUGGGGCCUGGGGUCCAUCCUGUGGCUUCCUGCCUGGCUUCAGAGAGCGCCGCCGCCGCCUCCUGGGCCUGCUCCCCAGGCUCCUGAGAAAGCACAGGACCAGCCAGGCAGUCGCCGUGCGCCUGCAUCUCGCUCUGCUUGGGCUCCAGAGAGGCUCCUGGCCUGAAGAGGGGGCGGGGAGGGGUGCCUUCCCCACUUGUGGAGUGAGCGGUGAGCACGAGGCCUGGCGAGCUCGCCCGCCCGGCUCGGCACCCCAGCACUUCGUUCGUACUGGAUCGUAGCUGCAUUACUGCCACCUGACAUUAUAAUCCUGUGCACCUUCUAAGAUUUAUGGUUUUGAAUUGCUGCUUUGAUAACAUUUGUUAUAUUAAAGUUUAAUUAAUGUGUCUGA